AUCCGUCAAUGGGAUGUGUAAGUUCGAAACCAAAUCGAUGCCGCCAUUGCCGGCGGCCAUAUUCGCCGAUUUCUCGAAGCUACUCGAUGCAAGUUCAUCAUCCACCGCAAACUAAUGGCGAUAGUUACCACGUCGUUGCCCUAACCUCCUCCACAUUAGGCUCGUUGGAGCUCGGAAUCAAUAGGGACGGCGACGGCGACGGCGACGGCGACGGCGAUGGCGAUGGCGAUGGCGAUGGCGAUGGUUAUCAUCAACGUCAAUCAAGGAGAAACGAAGAUUACAAAACGAUUGGGGAUUUCCGGGAAGGAUUGGCGGAAGCGAAGACAUGGUCGAGUAUAAUCACAGAGAAAAUGGGUAAACCCACCGCGAAAACUCCGGUUAGAACGCCGCCGGGGGAGCCGGAGAUGAUCAAUACAUGGGAGCUGAUGGAAGGGCUUGAAGAUGUUAGCCCUGUCCCAUCUCCGACCCAAUUUCGGAGCCUGUCGUUCGAUUUCGGUAGCCGGACGGUUAUCGAUCCGUCAUUCAAUCGGCCGGAGACGAUUCCGAAAGAAACCGUUACCGAUUCAUCUCCGAAACCCCUCUGGCUUCAAUUAGAAGAAGAAGAAGAAGAAGAAGAAGAAGAAGAAGACGAUGUGAAUCUGAAUUUCGAAUCGGUGGUUUCCGAUUUCGAUCCAGAAGUGAUUUCAUUGUUUCAAAAAUCCCUACAAAAGCUGUCGCCGGAUCACCCAUUUCACCUCCGACAAUUGCCGUUGGCCGCCAUGGAUUCAAAGAAAUUCAAGAGGGAGAAGGUGAUUCUAUACUUCACAAGUUUGAGAGGGAUUCGUAAGACAUAUGAAGAUUGCUGCCAUGUGAGAGCGAUUCUGAGAGCCAUUGGAGUUCAUGUAGAUGAAAGAGACGUGUCAAUGCAUUCUGGGUUUAAAGAGGAGCUAAAGGAGCUUUUAAUGGAAGAACAGAACAUAAAUGGCGGAAGGAGCUUACCCAGAGUGUUCAUUGGGAGGAAACAAAUCGGUGGGGCAGAAGAAAUCCGGAGAUUCCAUGAAGAUGGGCAGCUUGAGAAAUUGCUUGAGGGUUGCGAGAAGGUUGAAAAUGGCGAAGGGGGUGGGUGUGAGGCGUGUGGGGAUAUCAGAUUUGUGCCAUGUGAGACCUGCUAUGGAAGCUGUAAAGUGUUCUAUGAAGAAGACGAGGAAGAAGACGAAGAAGAAGGAUAUGGGUUCCAGAGAUGUCUCGAUUGCAAUGAAAAUGGGCUUGUCAGGUGCCCGAUCUGCUGCCAUUAAUGGCGGAUUCGAACUACAAAUCUGAAAAUUCUUCAUCUUUUUUUUUUCUUUGAUUUGG